AGCACGCAGUUCGCACACACAGCGCCUGCACCUCACACUUGUAUACACAGCACGCAGUUCACACACCAAGCCUGCACCUCACACUUGUAUACACCACACCAGUCACACAUAGCGGCAUAAUAGGGCUCCGUUAGUCCCGCCCCCGGGCCAAGAGCCAAUGACCUUUCCUCAGCGCGGCGCCUGCGCGGCGCCCACAUGGCUCACUCUAUAUAAACAUGGCUGCGGCUACAGCAUGCUGCCGAAGAGAGGGUGUCCAGGGGCGGGAUGGAAAGCAGCGGUACCGCCGUGUAUGAAUGAAGGUGUGCCUGCUCUGUAAUACACCACACUGACAGUGAAGCACUCCUAUCACACAGCCGUGCCCUGUAGCUAAUGCAUGCCAGCCCUUCAGUCAGCACCACUACAGCUGUGGUGAGCGAUGCAAUGCCGGGCAAUCCCGGGGUGACUUCAUCAUCGGCGCUUUCCGGCAGCCUCAUAGGAGUGUCCGCUCCUCAGCUUGCAGUGCCGGCUAAACCCCCCGACCAUGCUAGCCUUGUGCCAGUCUCCCCGGCAGCCGUGUGCACCCUGGUGACCAAAGUCAACCAUCCCGGUCCUAAAAUGACAGCACCGCAGCAGGGAGCCCCCCUCAAAGCGGCCCCGGCGGCCAUCCAGUUACCGGCAAACUUCCAGAUCCCCCCCGGUACUGUUCUUAUAAAAAGCAGCAAUGGGCAGCUUAUGCUGGUCUCUCAACAAGCUUUGGCACGAGCUCAGGCCCAGGUACAGAAUUCAAGUGCAAGACCACCUAUAUCUUCCAGUGGCCCCACCAUACAGAUCUGCAGCUUACAGAAUUCCAGAAACCAGCUGGUAUCAAACCUGGCAAGUGGCAGUGAGAAAACUGUACCUCUGUCUGCAGCCUUGGCACCUGUGACCCAAACAGUAACCUUUCAGAGGAGCCCUAAUGUAAUGCAAUCUACUGGUGCACAAAGUGGAAUUGUAAAGGUCUCCUCAUCUGUACCCUCUAAGGCAAAUACUUCUGUUCCUGGACCUACAUUAGUUAGGAUUUGCACUACUCCACAAUCAGUCGCUAACAACCAAGGAGCCUCUGCAGUAAUAAUUAGAGCCUCUACCCCGUCCGCUGUAACUGUUUCAAGCACUUCACCUGCUGCCACAACAACUACACCAUCUGCAAUGGGUAUCAAAGGCUCGUCUGCCCUGGCAUUAAAUUCCAGCACUGUCACAGUUCUACCUGUAAGAACUUCAAUAUCUCCACUUACACCCAUUGCAGUAAAUACCUGCAGUUCUGUUGUGAUGCCAACUACAACUGUAUGUCCUUCGCAGGUGCCAGCAUCUCCUGCCAACUCUGCUAUACCUAUCCCUGCUAAACAAGUAACAGCAAAUCUGGUUAAAACCUACAUUCCAUCAAGUGGACCUCCAGCUGUUACUAGUUCUACUGUCAAGAUAACUGGCAGUAAUAGUUGCAGUGCAACUACUCCUGUUGGGACAUCCAUCAUAGUAUCCAGCAUAUCCCCAGCUACAACUUUGGUUACCUCAUCUAUGAAAGAAAAUAACCGACCAAUUCAAAUACAAGCAAGUGUACAAUCUGUAGCCACUAAUACGAAUCUCUGCAAAGCUGAGCCUCCAAAUAAACCACAAAAUACACAGCCUUCUAAUACUACAGAAGUCCUGGAUAAUGUAAAGAAGUGCAAAAAUUUUCUGGCAACCUUAAUAAAACUGGCAUCAAGUGGACCUCAGUCACCAACCAUGGGGCAGAACGUAAAAAACCUGGUGAAAAACUUGCUUGAUUCAAAACUUGAACCAGAAGAAUUUACUACAAAACUGUAUAAAGAGCUGAAGUCCUCACCACAGCCUUAUCUAGUGCCUUUUCUGAAGAAAAGUCUGCCUUCAUUGCGGCGUCUGAUGCCAAGUUCCCAGGAGUUUAUCUUGCAGUGUGGACAACAGACCCCUCCACCACAGACUGCUGCUGCAAACUCGCUCUCAUUUGUAAAGAUUACACCAUCCUCUUCCAUGCAGACAGUAAAACCAGUUGGCUUUACGCCACUUGGCACUGUGAAAGUCCCCCAAACUACACCUGCUGUACCCCCAUCUCUAAGUACAUUUAAACCUGUGAACAUAAAACAGAUGGUAGUUCAGCAGACAUCCAGCGGGAUUGUGAAGCAAGUGACCACGAUGCCCUCAAACUCUGCACUUAACAUUAACAGACCUGGAGAAAAACACAUCUCUCUGAAUAGCCUCCUACAGACAGGGCACAUGCCACAAGCAUCAGUUGUGAAACAAAUCACCGUACCAAGAAAUAAAGUUAUAUCCCUGCAAGCGUCUACUCUUCCCAUUAAAGAGAAUAGCUCGGCAUGUUUCAGGGAAGAAGAUGAUAUAAAUGAUGUCACCUCUAUGGCCGGUGUUAAUCUGAAUGAAGAAAAUGCCUGUAUAUUAGCAACAAACUCUGAACUGGUUGGUGCAGUGAUUCGAUCUUGUAAAGAUGAACCGUUUUUAUUUACAUCUGCUCUUCAAACCCGCAUCUUGGAUAUAGGUAAAAGGCAUGACAUUAAGGAACUUAACUCUGAUGUUAUGAACUUGGUCUCCCAUGCGACACAGGAGAGAUUACGAGACCUCAUUGAAAAACUGACAGUGGCAGCACAGCACAGAUCCACAAACUGCAGGCAAUAUGAUCGCUAUGUCCAGUGUAGUGAUGUUCGAGCACAGCUUAAGUUUCUUGAACAACUUGAGCAUCUGGAGAAACAACGCAAAACUGAAGAAGAACGAGAAAUGCUUCUUCGUGCUGCUAAGAGCCGGGCGAAUAAAGAAGAUCCAGAGCAAUUGAGAUUAAAGCAGAAAGCCAAAGAGAUGCAGCAGCUUGAACUGGAACAAAUGCAAUACAGAGAAGCAAACCUUACAGCACUGGCUGCAAUUGGGCCAAGAAGAAAAAGACCCCUGGAAACAAGCUUACAAAAUGUAAUGGAGGGACUCUGUACAUCUGGUUCUUCAGUUUUCAGCAUACCCAAGUCAAUAUUUGUUCCCAGAAUAACUCGGGUUAGUCUCAGGGAUUUAAUAUUCUGUAUGGAACAAGAACGGACAACCAAGCAUUCCUUGUCGCUCUACCGUGCCCUUCUGAAGUGAACUCCAGUGAUUCAUUGCCAAAGAAAUUCUGUUCUUGUUGCUGCACUUUUGUCGGGUUUCAGAAACCAUAUUGUCUCCAGGAGGUUAUUUUUCUUUACAGAAUAUUUUAUAAAAAUUAAACACAGUAGAGCAAAUGUGAAUUGUUGUUUUUGUGUUUUUCUAUUAGUGAAGCUCCGGUUUUCGGAAUCCAGGAGGUGGAUCUUGCUUGUCUGUUUUCUUUUAUAUCACACAGUAGUGCCUUCAUUUAUCGUGGGGGGUGUUUAGAAUAUGUAUAUUCUAAAAGCAUUGUCUGAAAGAAAAAUUCCCCUUCCCCCUCGUAAAACUGUUAUGAACCAAAAAAAAGUGCAAUCUUCUUCAAGUUUAUACAUAGUAUAAAUAGAAGGGUCGUAUAUUGGUUAAGUAUAAGAAAUGUUACACUUUAAGGUGAUGCCAGAAGAAUUGCUGAAGGAAAAAAUAAAGCUGGAUACUUUAUAAGAGAAUGUUGCAUAUUUUAUUAUGUUACCUAGAUAUACUUGUUUGAAUUCAUUGUUAUUUCAUUUUAGAUCCUAUGUGGUUACUUAAUGUUUAUUUUUAAUAUUUGAUACUUUCUACAUAGCCAACACUUUUUUGUGUAUUUACACCUUCAUGGUCUAUUCACACGUACAGUAUUCUGUGCAGAUUUGAUGCGCAGGAUUUUCUGCUGCAGAUUUCAAUGUAAACUGAACACAGCUUGAAAUCCUGCGCAUCAAAUCUGCGCAGAAUACUGUACGUGUGAGUAGACACUCAAUAGGCAUUUUCAUUCUUAGAAAAUCUAGAUUCUUGGCCAAGAUUUAUCAAAACCAUAGCAACCAAUCAGCGCGCUUCUUUCUUUUUUAUCAAGGCCACUGCAAAAUGAAAGAAGCGAUCUGAUUGGUUGCUAUGGGCAGUUGGGCAACUUUUCCUUUGCACAGGUUUUGAUAAAUCUCCCCUUUACAGUAUUAAAAAUGGCAUAAUGUACGGCACUUUCAUGGUUAUUCAGACCCUUUAGACCUAUAGGCACUUUAGUGGUACAUUGUUUUACAUUUGUAAAUGUAAACGGUUACCCACCUAUGUCACACCAACAGUCAAUACGCUUACUACAACCCUAAUUUUGUCAGGAAAGUUGAAGACCAUCUCAUCUAUAGCCAGCAGUCUAUCCCCUAUUUCUUUAAAUCAAGUAAAAAUUGCGAUGGAACUGUGGACAAAGAAACCUGGCUGUGACUAUGCUGUCUUAUUGGUUUAUUAACCAUCUUUGUACAAAAAUACACAUAUAGUUGGAGAAUGUUUUUACCUGUUAAGAAGAGACAAGUUGUUGUAACAAAGCACUUAUAGCUUUAAACUAAGGAAUAAAUAUUUAGGGGAUGCAAGAUACAAAAUUCUCCUUAACAUAGCCUACAUUAUCAUGGCAGUGACAGCUUUUCUCUAAGAAGCCCAGAACUAGCUACUAUAAAGCUCAGGAUGUAUAGUAUUCAGUGUACUAUAUAUUACAUAUAUGUGUAUACUGUACUUUGAAUGUUUGCAGUAUUGGACGUGGUACUUCAGAUGCAAGUUACUACUAUUCUAUUCCUCACAAAGGCAUUGUGUAAAAAAGGAUACUGUGCAACAUAUAUAUAUAUAAGACGGAGCGAUGGAUUCCACACAGUGUGAAUGGAGCCUUAAAAAUGUAAUUAAUAAAAGUUUUUGGA